CUUUAGUGUAGGUCAGGAUAGGAAACACUUUUUCUUAAAUUAGCUUAUAGACAAUUAUUGUCUUAUUUAUACGUAAUUGAUAAGUGACAUGAUCAGUUUUUAAAGUCCCAACCAUCGAGAAUAAGAUGGACAAGUACAAGAAAGGAAGAAAUGAAGAGGAACCCUGGGAAAAACACUUGAUACCGAUCAGCAAUCUUCCAGAGGACUUCCUUUGGAUGCAUGUAAACCCAGGGACAAAGAUGAGAAAUGUGCUCGACUAUGCCAUUGCUGAAAUGAAAACGAGGAGAGUUGUUGUGUGGUCGGGGUCGGGUGCCGCAGUCGGCAAGGUCAUCAGCUGUGUGGAAAUCAUCAAGAGGCACCACACCUUCCACCAAGUCAACAGAAUAUGUUUUCGAAAAGUGAAGGAGUAUUGGGACCCUUUGAUAGAAGAUUUGGAUCCUUUGGUGGUGACUCGUGAUCUUCCGACCAUUCAUAUCCUGCUGAGUAAAGACCCAGUGGAUACUUCUCAGCCUGGCUAUCAAGGGCCCUUGGCUGACUUGAACCAAAAGAGAGACACACCGAGACAUCAGAACAAGCCUCAACGAAGAAGAAUAGACGGUGACAAAUUUGAAUCAUUUGGUCUUCGCUCUAAUAGAACUAAAACUCAAAAGAGAAAAGAUCGGGAACCAGAGAGAAAAGAAAGAGGUCCUAGGAGAGACCAGGAUGUGGAGAAGAGAGACAAAAGAGUGGAGAAUAAACUUAAUGAACCAGAAAGUAGGAAUAACCACAAAAAAGAAACAAAUACUCUAACUGCAGGACCUUCUGAUGUCGGUUGA